CUCUGAGCGCCUUGGCGCAUAUCCGGAAGUCCCCCCUGUAUGAGGGAUGGUGGGAUCAUUCUCCCGGCGGUUUCUCGGGGGCUUUGUACUGGGGGCCGCGGCGAGUAGCGCUUCCUGCCUGGCCGCCCUGCAGCUGUAUGAGCGAAGGGAACCCCAACUGGCUCCUGUAGCUCCGGUACAAAAGGAUCCUUUGGAAGAAUACGGAUUUCCACUCACUGGCUAUGAAGCCCGACAUUAUAUAAAUCAUGCUUUAUCCUAUGAUCCUGCAAAGAGAACCCCAAAAUGGGUAAUUGAACAUCUCUCCGGAACCAAAAUUGUAGGUAGUGCUGACAGGAAACACUGUAAAUUUAAGCCCGAUCCAAAUAUCCCCAAGAUGUUCAGCGCUACUAACGAGGACUACCUGCGGAGUGGCUGGACAAGGGGCCACAUGGCACCGGCGGGAGACAACAAGUUUUCUACGGAGGCGAUGGCAGAGACAUUCUAUCUUUCCAACAUUGUGCCGCAAAACUAUGAGAAUAACGCUGGUUUUUGGAACAGGAUGGAAAUGUACUGCAGGGAUCUGACAAAGAGAUUCGAGGAUGUAUGGGUGGUUUCAGGCCCUCUGGAGUUGCCCACGUUACAUGAAGAUGGAAAGAAAAGGGUCAUGUAUGAGGUCAUUGGAGCCGAUGAUGUUUCUGUGCCCUCCCAUCUUUACAAGGUGAUCCUGGUCAGGGGGAAAGGCUCCGAGCAGCCUCUUGCCGUUGGGGCAUUCGUGGUGCCCAAUUCCCCCAUUGGUUUUGAUCGGCAGCUUCCUGAAUACCAAGUCCAACUGGAGGAUCUGGAAAAAAUGUCCGGCUUGGUAUUCUUUCCUCAACUGGACAGGGACAAAGGCCUGAAGCCUCUGUGCGACGUGGAUUCCUGCAGACUCAUUCAGCUCCACGAGUUCAAACUGUACAUCGCUGCGCGCAGGGUGGGGGGGGCGCGCAACCUGCACAAACUGGAGCGCAUCCUCGCCGAAUUAAAGGAGGAGGGAAUCACCCCCGACGAUUAUUUCUUGAACCUCUACGAAAAGAAAAGGGAAGAGUUUUCACUCCAGAGUGGGACCGGCCGUGAUGAGAAAAAAGGAUAAACGCAAGCGACAUGGCAGCUCCUUCUUUGAAAAGAGUUCAAAUUUUAUUCGUUACAUACACAGUCAUACAUAUUAUGAUAUGCAGUGAAAUGCUUAAACGACUACUAUUGACCUCAAUUACCAAUAUAUAUAUAUAUAUAUAUAUAUAAAAAAAAAUAGAAUAACAUAAAAUUGACUUAAUAGACAAAAACAAAGUAAAAGAAUCAGAGCAGUCGCGACGGCAGCCGACCUCACCGGCGCCAUCUUACGGAAUAAAGAGCGUUAUGCCUUUUUAACAGAUACACAAAAAUAAUCAGCACUCUAACCCCUACUGGGCAAUACUGUGUCAGGCUCUAUUCACUGGUCAGAUGGUUAAAGUCUCACUUUAAGACCAACUGCAUAGCAGAAGCUAAAUGCCUGUCUUUGUGUCUAAUACUAUAGCUCAUAGUUGUACCGUUAGGCUGUCAGUGGUGGCAGUUUAUGCUCCUUUUUUGUGGUGCCAAGGCUCAUAGACAAGAGUCUAUAGAAAUGAAGAUUCCAUAUCGUUCCUAUCAUGUCAUUCUGUGCAUUGACUAUUGCUAUAGCCUAGAAUGCUUGCAUUGUGCUGCCACUAGAGGGCGCCAUGGAAUCAGGAUAUUUGUGGCUGCUGUGCCUUCUCAUUGCACAAUAGGAAGUUUGUGACGCGCUGCUUUUGGGUUUAUACAUUUAAAAAUGUUUUGCUUUUUUUUUUUUUUUUUAAAUUGUUACAGUAAAUAAAUGAAUAUCUGCCUAUUUUUGUACGGAUAUUUUUUUUAAUAAAACGCUAUUAACAUUU